AUGGCUAGCAAGUCACUGGAUUUUAGGCUCGUCCGGUACUCGCCAGUCGAAGGCACGCAUUAUUUUCACGAUCCUGCAUAUCCCUCGACUAUUCAAUUCUUGUUAUCGGGAAAUUGGGAGUCGUGGGACGUAGGCUGGGUCAGAUACAAAGCUCAAGAUCCGGAAAUCAGACGCAUGGCAGAAGAAGCUGAGGCUCGCCUUGUUCAAGACCCAGAAUCUGGCUACCAACCGUGGCCAUCACCACCUCCUCCAGGCCCCCCACCUGCUCCGGACUACGGCCGUGCGCCCCCUCAACCAUCUACUGAGUAUACACCUUCACCACCGGUAGCAGACCUGAUACCUCUGUCGCCUUCUCCCGAUCACAAUCCGUCGGCUCCAAGCCCCAAUCCGGUGUGGCCUCUUGAACGCGGCUCCUCUUUGUCCACCUCGGAUGUGAUUCCUUAUUCUUCCCCAUAUGGUCCACCUUUCCCAAAUUCCAAUUCGGUGCAAGCGCCAGCAGUAAUUACGACACUGGCCCCGACAGUUCCUACCAACGAAGCUAGCUCGAGUACGAACUUCCGGCAACCACAGCAACCACAGGAUCUACAACAUGUGACCCCACCCCCAGGCCCUUAUAUCCAACCAGCUGCACCUGUGGGAGUAGUCUUAUCACGAAAACGCGAAACGAAGGUUAUGCUUUCGAUUGAUGGCGAUGGCAUCCGCGGGCUUUCAGCUCUCCUGCUGAUAGAAUCGCUCGUCAAUGCAGUAUGUGUCAAAGUUGGUCAGCGACUUGAUCCGCACCAGAUCUUUGAUCUGACAGGUGGCAACUCCCUGGGCGGAGUGAUCGCUAUAUUGCUGUGUCGACUCCGUAUGCAAGCACACCGAGCUAGGGAAGCCUACAAGCAGAUUUCGAGACAGGUAUACUUGAACAAAAGAGACUUUUUUAUCUCCCUACAUCCUUACAGUCAGUCACUGAACGUUGAUGGUAAGGCUCUCGAGGCUGAAAUCAAGAGGGUUAUACAACAAGAGCUAGGCAAUCAAGAUGAGUUACUCUUGGAUUUAAGCGAAGAAUCUGGCGAUGUAUUUGUCAUUGCGACCCACAUUGAGAUUGGUGCGAACAGAGCUGCCUUGAUGCGUUCCUACCAGACCCGACGUAUCACUGGCCCUGAGCUUGAUGCAAACAUGCCCAUCUGGCAAGCGAUGAAAGCUACAUCGAUAGCUCCACGGUAUGUCAAUCAUCGGCUGGUCAUCGAGCCAGGUCUGGUGGACCAUGGCACAGCGAAGAAUAACCCCGUUCGCGACAUUCUCUACGAGUGCCGCAAGCUGUUCCGUUACAGCAAUGAUAUGACGAUCAUCAUUUCCAUCGGCACCGGCAUUGGGCUUGAUCAAGAGAACGAAAUUCUUGAGAUGGCGAAUAGCAUCGAAGAUAGGAAUAAGGAGGCAAGAGUAUGCGGUCAGAGGUUUGAAGUGGAACACGAGGCUUUGAUGGGAAGGAACUGGAUGAAGUACUUCAGAUUCAACGUCCCGGGCCUGGAGGAUGUGCCACUCGAGGAGUGGUGCCAUGAGGACUUGAUCAAGGAGAAGACGUCGGCGUACCUAGCGCAGCCGGAAGUUGGAGAAAAGUUUUAUGCUUGUGUGGAUGCCAUUGCACAACUAUUGCUGGGACGACCGGGGCGGCAUCAGGAUGCGUAA